GAGCCGUUCAGUUUUGAACACUACCUCUUCAUUGACAAACACUUCUGGAAAGUGGAACAAACGGAAGGACACGACCGCGAGUUCUGUGUCGAAGACCUCGAGAGCCAACAGCACUCGGAGUUUCAGUACAAAUUCACACUAGCCUUCAGUUAUCUGUCCGACCAUAUGGUAGAACACGACGACGAACUCAAUCUCACAAAUCAUGUCUUUCUCCAAAUGACGAUAAGAUCAAAGGAUUACUACCUUCGGCACGAAACCCAUGAAGUGAUUGAAAACAUCUUUGACGCCAACCAUAGAGACCUGUAUUAUAUGAUUGGCGGCGAUUACUAUCCGUUUUACACACACUAUUUCAACGCCACCGCAGCCUUUCAGCCGCAGUCGUUCACCGACGACGCCGUCACUGACGGACCAAACUUCGUACUCGUCCAGCAAAAUAUGACCGCUGAUGGCGGCUAUGAUCGGGUAACACAAGUGCACUCCAUCUUGGAAAAGAUCAAGAUCAGAAACACGACCGACACUUUUGGCAAAUACAUACCGGCAUUNUUGUGGUCAAAGUUAAGCAAACGAGCGUUUGACUCAACAAAUAUGUUCAGAGCUUUGUCCAAAAAUAACAAUAUGUUUGAUUUGGGAUUCACGACAACAUAUGUGGGCAAAUAUCCGUUCACUUUUGAACACUACCUCUUCAUUAGUAGAGACUUCUGGAAAGUGCAACAAAUUAAAGGACACGACCGCGAGUUCUGUGUCCCAAACCUCGAGAGCCAUCAACACUCGGAGUUUGACCACAAGUUCACACUAGCCUUCAGUUAUCUGUCCGACCAUAUGGUUGAACACGACGACGAACUCAAUCUCACAAACCAUGUCUUUCUCCAAUUGACGUUAAAGUCGAGCCAAUUAUACCCGUUGUUUGAAUCCCACGAACUCAUUGAACACAUCUUUGACGCCAAUCAUAUAGACUUGAAUUAUAUGGUUGGCGGCGCUUACUAUCCCUUUGAUAUACACCACUUCAACGCCACCGCAGCCUUUCAGCCGCAGUCGUUCACCGACGACGCCGAGACUGACGGACCAAACGUUGUGUUCGUCCAGCAAAAUAUGACCGCUGAUGGCGGCUAUGAUCGGGUGUCAGAAGUGCACUCUAUUAUGGGAAAAUACGAUAUCAGAAAUACGACCGACACUCUCGGCAAAUACAUACCGACCUUUAUUAAAGACGUCGACCGACACCUGUAUAUCAAUGUAAUACUGCCCACACGUAUCGGUGGCGACACCGAAGACGGCAAACCCGCGGCUAUUCUUAUACUCCUUCACGAAGAAGUGAUCAAAUAUUGCGUAACCGAAGAGAAAGCUCUUCACGAAGAUUGUAAACCCGAGAAGUUGAAGCAAUUGUUGAGAUGUCCCCCUGAAAAGGAUGAGUUAAACUCGACAAAUAUGUUCACAGCUUUGGCCAAAAACAACGGUAUCUUUGAUUUUGGGUUCACCACAACAUAUGUGGGCGAAGAGCCGUUCAGUUUUGAACACUACCUCUUCAUUGACAAACACUUCUGGAAAGUGGAACAAACGGAAGGACACGACCGCGAGUUCUGUGUCGAAGACCUCGAGAGCCAACAGCACUCGGAGUUU